ACAUGACUCAAUUUGAUGAUGCUCUGAAUAUCAUGCCAUGAGUAUGUGUACACAGAUUAUACUUCUUGUGUCCAUAGAAUAUUGUGUACAAUAAAAAAAAAUUCAUCAUGCUUUAGCAGUCCCCAUCCCCUUCUCGCGCUGCUGGUGGUGGAUAAGGAUAGAAGCGGGCAUCCAUUUUCCAUUUUUAGGCUUUUCUCCGGAAACUCCCUCAAACGCCCACAAUGUCCAUCUCUUCUCUUCGCCCCGGGCCGCCGCUCUCCGCCACCAGCUCUAUCACUAACAAUUCCUCCUUUUGUCUCCACCACUUAUUCCCCAACCGUCCUCUAUCCAUUAACCAACCCCUAAAACCACCGACGCUCCGCUUCUCUUACUUCCCAGUAAAGUCUUCCAUGGAGGCUGGAGUGGGCGUAAUGGGAACAAAACUUGGAAUGAUGAGUUUCUUUGAGCCAUCUGGCACGAUAGUUCCGGUCACCGUCAUCGGAUUCCGUGAGGGGAACAUCGUUACUCAGGUCAAGACCGAUUCUACCGACGGAUACAGCGCCGUUCAAGUAGGUUAUCGCCGCGUCCGGGACCGGAAGCUAACCAAGCCUGAAAUGGGACACCUUCAGAAAUCGGGUAUAAUCCCGUUGCGCCAUUUGCAGGAGUUCCGGCUCCAGUCGGUAGACGGCUUCGAGCCGAACCAGAAACUUUUGUUCAGCGAGCUCUUCAGCGAAGGCGACUUAGUUGAUGUCUCUGGUACCACUAUUGGGAAAGGAUUUCAAGGUGGAAUCAAAAGACAUCAUUUCAAGAGAGGUCCAAUGACUCAUGGAUCAAAGAGUCAUCGACAGCUUGGUUCAAUAGGGGCUGGCACGACACCAGGGCGGGUGUACCCGGGCAAGAAAAUGCCCGGAAGAAUGGGAGGGACAAAGACAAAGAUACGGAAGCUGAGGGUCGUCAAGAUUGAUGAUGAGCUUCGGAUUGUACUGAUCAAAGGUGCUCUUCCUGGUAAGCCCGGAAAUCUUCUUAGAAUUGCCCCGGCCAAGAUUGUAGGAAAAAACAUCCCAAAGAACUAGGCGUCUUUCUGGUCGCCAUUCUCCAACUUCAAGUCUCCGACUAUCUGGAAUUUGUUGUGAUAUAUUCUUUGAUUGUAAUAACUCGUACAGUAGUAUUGCUAUCUUUCUUUACUUGUUCUGGAAGGGGAUGAGUUGCAAUGUGGCUUUCAAUAUGGUCAAUCAGGAGUCACACUGAGUAUAUCUCUCCGAAGUCUGCAGUUUUCUUUACAACAACAAAAAACAUGAGUUUUCUUUAAAUCAAUAAAAUUUAACAUUUGUA